GGAGCCGGAUUGGCAGCGAGAGUACGGAAACGUUCCUGCGUGCCUGAGGGCGACAUGGUCGGCAGAGAAAACAGACCCUGACCCGGGACAAACACCACACAGGACCGAGUCCGUGACAGACAAACGAGGGGGUCCUACUCGACACAACGCGAGUCCGAGUCCACGAGCAGGAGCUGCAGCCACACAGUGUGUCACGAUGAUCCGUCCUUUGCUGAUGUGUUUCAUCCUCUGCGUCGUGUACGGCAGCAGUAAACCGACAGACAGGAAGAGUCGAGUCAACAAAGAAGAACCUCUUAGUCACCUCAAACAUGACGACGACAAAAACUACGACUAUGACCAUGAAGCUUUUCUGGGUCAAGACGACGCCAAAACCUUCGACCAACUGCCACCAGAAGAGAGCAAACGGAGGCUCAGCAUUAUCGUGGAUAAAAUCGACAGCAACAACGAUGGCUUUGUCUCUGAGGACGAGCUGAAAGUUUGGAUCAAAGCUGCUCAGAAGAAACACAUUUUUGACAGCGUGGAGCAUCAGUGGAAAGACUUCGACAUGAACAACGAUGGCCUGAUCAGCUGGGACGAGUACAAGAACGUCACCUAUGGCAGUUACCUAGAAGACCCUCAGACAGAAUCAGAGUAUAACUACACUCAUAUGAUGUCCAGAGAUGAGAGACGUUUCAAAGUCGCCGACACAAAUGGAGACAUGAUCGCAGACAAACAAGAGUUUACAGCAUUUCUUCAUCCUGAAGAUCACGAACACAUGAGGAGCAUCGUGGUGCAGGAAACAAUAGAAGACAUCGACAAGAAUGGAGACGGUUUCAUCGAUCUGCAGGAGUACAUCGGUGACAUGUUCACCUCAGAGGACAAUGAAGAAGAACCAGAGUGGGUGGUGGCAGAACGUCAGCAGUUUUCUGAGUUCAGAGACAAAAACAACGAUGGGAGGAUGGACAAAGAAGAAACCAUGGACUGGAUUCUGCCGUCGGAUUAUGACCACGCUGAAGCUGAAGCCAAACACCUGCUGCAUGAGUCCGAUGCCAACAAGGAUGGAAAACUUACCAAAAAGGAAAUCCUGGACAAAUAUGACGUGUUUGUUGGAAGUCAGGUGACAGACUUCGGUGAGGCGUUACUACGACACGAUGAGUUCUAGAGACGGAGCAGAUUUGUAGACUGAAAACAUGAUUUUAAUUUAUUUUGUAAGGGUUAGGGUUACAACUUUGUGUGUUUACAUUUGGCCGUCUUGUUUGAGGCGUCUGUCACGUUUUUCUGUUUAACUUUUUCCGUCCUGGUUUCAUUGGUUUCUGCCGCUCGCUGUUUAAUUUCUCAUAUUAAAUGUUUGAGUUUCCUGAUGCUGUGGUGAAGUUCAAUGACAUUUUCUGUCUUUGGUGCCUCAGAGAUUUUUGCUGUAAAGUUUGAGUGAUUGAUUUGACAGUUCACAACACUGACACCUAACACACAAAGACAUAACUUUAAAACAGUUUGGGAUUUUUAUUUAAAGAGGGUUGGAGAAUAAAAUUAAGUUCAAAUGUAAAUUCAAAUUUUAUAUUUAUCAGACUUAUUCACUUCAGCCUGUGCUGAAUUUGCAUACAGAUAGAAAGUCAUUGAUCCAUGUUUUGGACUUCAUGCUGUACUUUGACAGCCUGUUUAUCAAUAAAACAUUUAAAAAUCA